AUGAAGCACCUGCUCUUGAGCUCGGUCCUGCUGUUCCUGCUGCUGCCUGAUGCUGUCAGAGGACAGGACAGCUGUGACGCCCUAAAAAGGGGGGACAACAGCUACGACUGCUGUAACACCACUGUCAACCCAGAGGAUGUGGGCAGCGUGAACGUGAUGCUGUUGGCCCGGUGCAAGGGGCUGCGGCGGGCCAGCAAUCUGGCUUGCCGGUGCCUGAGGGAGAAGAUGCACAGGUUUGUGCAGUCUGCGAGCUUCUCCAUCAGCAAGAAGAUAGCAGGGGUGAAAGCGCUGCUGGUGAACAUCAGCAGAGCCAUCCCCCACGAUGUCGUCUUCUCCUUCUCCCCCUCGGAGGGCCCCAAGAGGAUAAACUCAAUGGAGGCAGGGAACGCAAGCAAAAUCCGACUCCCAAGGGCGCUAUUUCACUCAAUGAGCAGCUGGACAGCCAGGGUAGUGGUGACAGUGCUCAAUAUCAAACAGCUCUUCAUGUUUGAGGAGACCAACCGGACACUGCACAUCCUGGACAACACAGUGGUGGGCAUCACAGUGGGAGAUACGAGGCUCACUGGACUCCGGGACCCCGUGCAGCUCAUCUUCAAUCACAGGCAGCUGCCCCACGGUGUGAGCCCUCAGUGCGUCUUCUGGGACCCCAGCAAAGGCCAGGGAGGAGGCUGGAACACCAGUGGAUGUGUCACUCAGCUCGGGGACAAGGGGACAGUCUGCUCCUGUGACCAUCUGACCUUCUUCACCCUCCUCCUGAGUUCGACUCUGGACAGGUCCACAGCACAGGCCUUGAUGGUUAUUGCAAAUGUUGGCUGUGGGGUAGCUGUGGCUUUCUCAGUCUUCUCCAUUGUCUUCUACAUCUUCUUAAGGUGUACAUACAAAAAGUUCAAGUCUGAUGAAACCAUCCAGAUCAACAUGGCACUGCAUAUGAACCUCAUCAGCAGCCUGCUCCUUCUCAACCUGACCUUUCUGUUCAACAAUUGGAUCUCUAGCAUGAGCCAGCCAGGGCUGUGCAAAGGCCUGGGGGGCUUCACCCACUACUGCCUGCUCUGCUGUUUCACCUGGAUGGCUUUGGAAGGCUGUCAUCUCUACCUCCUCUUCGUCAAAGUUCUUGGUACCUACAUCCACCACUACCUGGCAAAGCUAUGCAUCGUCGGCUGGGGCUUCCCUGCUUUCGUGGUCAUUGUAGCAGGAAGCAUUGACAGCUAUGGAAAAUACAGCAUUCAGAAUACGGAUGACCAGCUCAUAUUCUCCGUGUGCUGGAUCAAUUCUGAACACAUCAUGGUCCACUACAUCACAAAUUGUGGCUACUUUGGCCUCAUCUUCCUCUUCAACAUGGUCAUCUUUGGGGUGGUGGCCUGGAAGAACUACCACCUGCAGAGCACCAGGGCUGCAAAGGAGACUAGGAAGACCUGGAAAGUGGGCCUGAUGGCAAUGGGACUCUUCUGCUUGCUGGGAGCCACCUGGGCUUUGGCAUUCCUCACUUACGGCAACACUUCUGUGGCCAUACGCUACCUCUUCACCAUCCUGAACUCCCUCCAAGGUCUCUUCAUAUUCAUCUGGCUGGUUGUUCUGUACUAUCCAAAGAAAGAAGAAAUCGUAGGUUUCUCCUCCCAUAUCACCAGGAACGACAAAACCACAAUUGUUUCCCAGGACUAACUGUUGGCCAGAUGUCCCUCCCUGACAUCGAGCGUACCCACUGCAAGCAAGCUUCUAGUCUAAGGGACAUAUAGCCUCACUUCAGAGAGCAAGGGCUAGGAAAGCAGCUGGGGACCCUGGCAGAGAAGCAUGGCCCCAGGGUCCUCACCUGUGCCUCAGUUUACCCUUCAGUGGGAGUGAGCCCCGUAACAGGGUUCUUUGCUUUGGCUGCCUUUUAAUUCCAAGUAGUCUGCUGCAGGCAGCAUGAAGCGCCUCUGUGCAAGGAGCUCUGGAUACAUCCCUUCUGCCAAAGUCCCUCCAAGCUGCAACUUUCCCAUGGCCUCAGAAGUGGCCCUCAGCUCUCAUUUCCUACAAAUGCCUGCCAGGAGAGCAGAGAGUCCAUGAGCUGUCUGCAUUCAGCCUGGAUGGAGCCAUCCCAGUUUUAGUU